CCUUAUUUUAGCACCUGGCGCGCGAGUCUCUCUCCUGCAUCCUCGUGCCCACGGUGUGCGCGCGCGGAGCACGACACAUCUACGGCAGGCAGUGCGCACGGAGCUGUGAGUUUGAGAAGGCGGAUAACGGGUCACCCGCAGCAGGGACCGCAACAGAACCCCGCCCGGUGUUGAUUCCUGCCUGAUGGCGAGUCCCGCUGCUGGUUGCGGCACUCCGAGCGCCCCGCGGGACGAAGCGGAGUCGGUGGAGCCGAACCAGCCCGAACCAGCGUGUCAGGAGGCGCAGAAAUGGAUCGAGGCUGUAACAGGGAAGAGAUUUGGCGACAAAGACUUCCGCAGUGCUUUGGAGAACGGUAUCCUGUUGUGCGAACUGCUGAGUGCCAUCAAACCAGGGCUGGUGAAAAAGAUCAACAGACUGCACACUCCAAUCGCUGGGCUGGACAACCUGUCAGUUUUCUUGAGAGGCUGUGAGGAACUGGGCCUUAAGGGUGCCCAGCUGUUUGACCCCGGAGACUUGCAAGACACUUCCAUACGAGCCAACCUGAAGGACUCUGACUGCAGUCGGAAAUUAAAAAAUGUUUUGAACACAGUGUUCUGGUUGGGGAAGGCUGCUAGCGGCUGCGCCUCAUACAGCGGUCCUACUCUCAACCUGAAGGAAUUUGAAGGACUCCUCGCACAAAUGAAGUUGGAAUCAGACGAGGGAGGAGACAGUCUGCAGAACCGCAGCGUCAGAGACAGUGGCUACGACUGCUGGGACUCUGAGAGAAGCGAGUCUCUCUCUCCACCGCGACACACUCGCGACAACUCCCUGGACAGCCUGGACUCCUUCGGUUCUCGUUCACAGCACAGUCCAUCCCCUGAUGUGGUGAAUCGGGGCAACAGUGACGGACGAGGCAGCGACUCAGAGGCUGACGGCCAUAAUAAGAAGCCAGACGUGCGAAAGGACGACAUGUUGGCCAGACGGACUGUGAGCAGUGACUCAAGAAGCUCUGUUCCCUUUAACCAGUUUCUCCCCAACCGAACCAAUGCCAGUUCCUAUAUCCCUGCUCCGAGACGGAAACUGCACACGGAGGAUGGAGAGCAGCGCAGUCACCCUGAAGCAGUUCCAGGGCAGUGUGAGGGUAAAAAACAAGGCCCACACUACAAAACUCCCAAAACUGUCACUUGGGCACCUGACGGCAACGUUGACCAUAAGGAUCUGACCAAACGGGAAGAGGAUGAGGUGUCCCAGGAAGUCUUGGAGCAGAGGAAGCUGCAGAAAUUGCAGAAAGCUGGGAUUAAAGUUCUGCCUGCCGCCGUUCGUUACAGCAGCCCUCCCUCGCUGGAGGAACAGAAACCGAAGUUACCAUCCCCAAACAUCAUCCUUCGACGGGAUAAUGACUUUUUGAAAACAGAGAAAGCUGCAUGGGAUUCCUUCUCAGAUGGGGAGGAGGAAGGUGAGUUGCAGAAAGUUCCAGACGUUCGGAAAGAUGACUUGGCAUCCAGACGAGCUGCCCACGGACUCGUUAUCCCCAAGGUGCAUCAGUUCAUUCCACCCCCAGUAUGUAGCAGCAAAGACAGAGAACGCUGGGAGGGAAUUAUCCGAUCCUCACGACACACCCUGCAGGGGAAAGAGUCAAGUAAGAAGGAAGCAGUCCCUGACAUCAUUAGGCGCAGAGACAACCCGUUCCUAAACUCCACCCCUCACCACGAGCACGAGGCGGAUGAGGAGGCAGAAGCCGAGGAGGAUAAAGCGGUGCCUAAUAAGCAGAAGGAUGACCUGGCUCUGAGGCGGGUACAGAGUCAGCCUGUCCGUCACAGAGACGGAGCAGCCAGCUUUGUCUCUGCCUCCAUGAGCCAGGCAGAUAUGGAGACGUGGGAGAGACUCAGGAUACCUGAACCCAGCGAGGCUAGCCAAGCGCCGGUGUGUCAGGCUUGUCUGGAGAAAAAUUGUGGAAGUUCUUCCAGUGCAACAGCAAAGAGCAAGCAAGGUCAUAGCAAAGUUGUGACCUUUGGGGGUGUGACUGAGAUCGAGCAGCCAGUAGAUACGGCCGCGUCAUAUGAAGGGGAGGAGACCGAGUUGCUAAGACGACUCCUUGCCAAGGCAACUGUUGCCAUGCCUACUAUUGGCCUGGGCUCCCAGCUUUCAGAGCGGGAACACAGCCAGGAAGAUGGAGCUGACUUUAAUCAAAUAGCUGCUCCCUCACUUUGGAGUCCUGAAGCUCCACAUGGGCGUGCGGAGCUGGACGCUCGCCUGGAUCAGUGGGAAAAGACACCUGAGGAGGAAGAGGAGGAGGAGAGGUUACCAGAUAUUCAGAAGGAUGACAUGAUGACAAGAAGGCUCGGAGCUUUCAAUAAGAUGAGCAGUAUCACAGCAGUUUACAAAAGGUUUCUGCCACUGCCUGCAUCCAAAUGCUGUGCAGAAGUGGAAGAUACUGCAGAUGGAGCUCAGCGGAACAAAAUAACAUCACAGGCAGGAAGGAAUGAGAAUUUGACAAUCAGGUGGGCUGAAAUUUGUCGCAAGAAACCACUAACAAGUUUGUUGUGUUGUGUUGCAUGUGUUCACAUUUGCAUAUCUACAUAUUUCUCUCCUAGAGUGGAGAAAAUGCAAAGCAGAGUUCUCAUGGAAGCUCCGGAACAGCAUCCUGAAGUAGUGGUAGGCCAACCACUGUGUCUGACUGAAUGCAAAGAGCAAGAAGAUGAAGAGUACAAUGAAAAUGGCCCUGUGCCUGACCUAGAGAAAGAUGACAUGAUGGCUCGAAGGACAGGAUCCUUACAAAAACCCAGCAGCACAGGGAGUGCAAGUCAGUCCUUCAACCAGUUCCUUCCAGUACCGGGAUCAGUGAAGUAUAAAGUCAGCCCAGUGUCCAGAAUGAAGCAGCUACGCAGCAGAUCUAAUGUCUCCAAGAAGACGGCUUAUGUCGGCGACACUGGUACCGAGGUAGUGCGACCUCGGGCUGCAACCAGGGAGUGUGUGGGGGUCACAGAGGAACAGAAAGAGGAAGAUUGGAAGCAGCGGGGAGAUGUGACAAUCCCUGCCACAUCUUUCACAGAUGUGAUUGAACCCCAGGCUGCUCCAUCUCUCACCCCCCCGCCCGGUCCUGCUGUGCCUCAGCCCCCCACCGCAGAGGUAGAACAAGCAGAGCAAAGUGUGGAGGAGAAGGUGGAUGACAGAAACAGGCAGUCGAAUAAGCAGCAACACUGGCAACCGCUCUGGCUGGAGGACGACCGUCUACCCCCCAUGAUGAUGAGCCGACGAGUUGCUUUUAUGUCUGAGGACAAUGAGAGUGCGAGUAUGAGUGACAUUGUUAAUGAAGAAGAAGUACAUACACAUCCAAUGAGCCAAUCCCGAUUUGAGCGCAUGCACAAACAGCACAACACUGGAGAUGAGGAUGACCAGUGGCAAGACGACUUGGCUCGCUGGAAGAGUCGCCGUCGUAGCGCGUCACAAGAACUGAUAAAGAAAGAGGAGGAGAGGAAGCGGAUGGAAAAAAGAAUGAAGGAAGGAGGUAGUGGUGGGAACAAGAGGAAAAGUAUCAAGACUUACAAAGAAAUUGUGGAGGAAAAGGAGCGGCGGGAGGCAGAGCUGUGUGAAGCAUAUAGGAGGGCAACGACUCCAGAGGAGGCGGCUAUGGUUUUACAGCAUUACGCUCUUCGCUUCACCAUCAGUGACGCAACUCUGGACAGCCUCAAAUUGCCAAGAUCCACCACAAAACCCAAACUGGAUCAAAGCCUGGAGGAAAGGCACAAACCCCCAGCCCCCGCUGUGCACUCCGAGACCUCAGACCUUCUGUACAAACCGGAAUCCACUUUUCACUCAAAGCAGAUGGACAACCCUGAAGAGGCGGAGCCACACAGAGCAACUCUGCAGGAGCCAUCUCCAGUCAGGGACAGUCCCCCCUCUCCUGUUACACCUUUGGAAAACAUGCCGCUUCAGUCUCCAGAACUGAAUGAACCUCAUGUUUUAAAGGAGCAGAUUAAAGCAGAUGCACAGCCUAAAACCAAAAGGACACCUCCUCAGAUUGCACAAGUUCAGCCGUAUACGACACAGGCUGCACACGUCUGCUCAUCUGCACCACCUGCACCCUCCAGACCGGUUCCCCUGCUCGCUGCGAAGCCCUACUGUCAGCCUGUGAGCACAAACCCCGCACACAAACCUGUCAAGAUUGACGGCUUGGUGCGAAUGAACGGCGAGGAGACCGAGGACAAGUCUGUUUCCGCCUCCCUGCCACACUCGCCUGAAGGAAGCAGAGAUGUUUCCUGUGAGGAGAAACAGGCGAGAGCCCAACAGUCACCUCCUCUGCAGACUGGGAAAGUGACCUCAUCCUCAUCCUCCGCUAUUAGCUCCCUGAUUGGUGGUCGCAACUGUGUCAUCAGGACAACUAUUGUGACUGAACUCACACAGACUCACCUGGAGCCGCACCCUUUGGACGUCCAGAACAACAGACAGGUCAAUGGAGGGACGUCUGUAAACUUAGUGGAGGAAAACGUGUCGCCAGCUACGUCACCGAACACUAUUCAAGACUGUUCUCCCACUGUAACAGAGGGACUUGAAGAGAGCAGCUUGACUAUUGAGACCCCCAUGUUGAACUUGGCUAAACGUGUUAAUCAUUGGGUCUGGGACCCCAAUGAAGAACGUAAACGCCUGGAAAGGUGGCAACAGGAGCAGGAGCGCCUCCUGCAGGAGCAAUACCAGCGAGAACAAGAGAAGCUGAAGAAGGAGUGGGAGAGAGCACAGCUGGAGGUGGAGGAGGAAGAGCGAAAGCACAAUGAGGAGGAGAGGAGGAUUCUGGAGGAAACUGUGACACCCCUCAAUCCAUCUGGUUUGUUCAACCAACAGUUAAGCCUGACGGUGACAGCAACUCAAGAAAACAAAAAUCCAGAGAGCGGAAAUGUUCCUCUGCAACAGAACGGCCGAACCAUCUCUGUGGGAAAUGAAGAUCAGCCCGCGUCUAAACUCCAUUAUUUUCAGGAGUUCUCACGCACCAUCGAGCCAUCCAAAAAACAGGAGCUGUGGAAGACAGCCUCUCUGGACCGCAACCCACAGACAACCCAGCCAAGUACAGUUAAAAGGUCUGGUUCUCAUGAUGUCGUCAUGAGCACACAGACGUCGUCCUCAACAACACCUCAGCCUCCUUCUCCCAGCCGUUGUGUUAGUGGGAAGAGACUCUGCUCUGGUUGUUCUCAGCCUCUGGGAAAAGGAGCUGCCAUGAUUGUUGAUACAGUGGGGCUGUUUUUCCACAUGCAGUGUUUUAAGUGUGGAGUGUGUAACGGUCAGCUGGGUGACGCCACUGUAGGCACGGACGUCAGGAUUCGUAAUGGACUGCUGAGUUGUCACGAGUGCUACAUUGCGUCACGGGGUAGAGGCCAACCUACAACCCUAUGAUGGAUGAGACUGAGAACAGUUUAGAACCUUGAACGACUUGUACAUUCUGGAAUUUUCUGUCGAGCUCAAGGAAUGCACAAACAUCUUUGUGGAUGUCGGCGAAAUCAAAACUGGACCGCAGCACAUAAGUGCACCGAAUGAUGCAACAUUACAUGCACAUAUGCAUUUUUAUUUAAUAUUCUUUUUUAAUGCUACAUGCAAAUACACUUGUUGGGAUUAGGUGUAGCAUUGAUUAAAUUGAAACAUCAGUGGACAUUUGCACAUCCACCUUAAGCAACAAAGACAACACAGUAAAGAGUUUAUGCUAAACAUGGAACACAACUGUCUUUAACACACUGGUCAUAAAGUUUAGUGACUCACUUCAUUCACUGCGUCUGCACGGGUUAUGUGACUCCACUCUGUCGGUAGCUUGACCAUUACUAUGCCUUACUCACGCCUCAUCAUCCAUUGGGUUUUGUGUUUAUAGUUUUUGCAUGGCAGCACACGUAUAUGUUAUUGUGAGUAUUUCUGAGUUGGCGUUGUGUGAGUUUGUUGUAGGUUCUUAUUUUUCUCGACAGUGGAACUGUGGUGUUUCAUCAUGCAUGUCGUACAUAGCCACUUUUACGAACUUUUAAGAAUCCAGCCUCGCUCGGUGUUGCCCAAGCCUGUUUUCCUUAUAGUUACUUUGACAGGAAUGAGAAUGCAUGCUCGUCAUACUUGUUCUUUGCAUUUGAAAUAUUUUCCCUUUAAGAUGUUUCAGCCAUCAUUUAUUCUCAUAGGUUGAUUUGGUCCCACUCAGUGCCUUAUGUAAUGAGUGCUCGUGUAUGUGCCACAUGGACGUCUGCGUGCUGUGUGUGAGGAGGGCGUGUGUGAUUUUUUUUUUUUUUUUUUUUUUUGCAUGUUUUGGUGUGUGUGGGUGUGUUAUGUGACAUGGAACACAGUUCCAUAUACCAGCAGAAUAAUGUAAAUGGAUCCGCCUCCUAAUCACAUGUGCUUCUCCUCCCUUUGUACUGAGCAGUGUUAAUUUUGACAGC